AUAAUGUAGUUACAGAUAUUUCGUAUGUUACUACUUUUAAAUAAUUCUAUUGGAUCUUAAGUUAUUAAUUUACCGUAAAGUGUCAAUUGUGUUAAUACGUUAGUAAGCAAACUGCCCGCAGAAUGACAGCAGAUUUGAUGAAAUAACGCAACAGAUUCGAUAAUAUCUAUGUCCAUAAUGUUAAACUACUUAUGUCGGAGAACUCCUGUUGGCGAGAAAAAUGGCAGAUUCUGCAGCUUCAAUUUCUGCAAUCAAUUAUUUACCAUUAUAUUCUGUUAGCAGAUUUCAUUAUAUUUCUAUUGAUAUCCUAUUGAGAGAUAAUUUAUGGUAGGCAGUUUCAAAAUCUGUUCUCGACAAAUCUUGGAUUUCUAUGUAAGAGUGUCUUGUAUCGAGACAAAAAACUUACAAAAGAAGCUAUCACUAUCUGUUUUUUCUAACAAAUACAAAUAAUGAAGAUCAAUUACAAGUAUCUGUGUAUAAAAGCGCACUAUUUCUUUUUCGCGGCGAGUACUGGUGUUUCUUAUCCAUAUAUUCCAGUUUAUGGAAAGCAAAUUGGUGUUUCGCCAUUAGUUAUAGGUACCAUUGGCACAGUUUUUUCAAUACUACACCUGAUAACGAAAAUAGUAUGUGGCUUUAUCAUAGACUAUUCGCAAUGGAGAAAAUUCAUCUUUAUAAUAUUGAUCAUGCUGCAAAGUGGCUCAGAGGUCUCGAUAUUUUUUUUACCGUCAUUGCCGGGCCCAAUGCUGCUGGAUCAGCAUUUUCAAAAUAUUUCUUAUGUAUCUCUAUCGAAUUGCGAUAUAAAAAACCAUGCAUUAGCGAUUGCAUCGUGUAAUGGUACGAAAGACACUACGUGCCGCUGGAUAUGUAACGAUAUGAAUUUUUCCAUGGAACUGUCUUUUUAUCCAGACCAACAAAGAGCAAUUAUCUCACCAGAUACUGCAUGCUUAUUAAAUAUCAAUGAGACGUCGUUGAGCCAAAAAAAUGUAACAAAUAAUUAUUGCAACGUUACUUGUAAUAAUUUCGAAGAUCAGUGUGUAUAUACAUCUAACACCUUUUGGAUUUUUGUCCUCUUGUGGUCUCUUGGCGAGACUAGUUUUAGUACUUGCUUGAGCAUAAGCGAUGCAGUUUGUUUUCGUAUGCUAGGACAAGGUAAACAGUCAAAAUUUGGCAAACAGCGACUAUGGGCCACAAUAGGUUUCGGUGUUGCAGCAUGUUUAUCCGGAUAUGUGAUGGACUUAUGGUCGCACGACGGAAUUUAUCAAAAUUACACCCCAAUGCUUAUUCUCGUCCUUGUAGUUCUUAGUGUCGAUUUGAUCUGCUGUAUAAAAUUAGAGAUGCCACUUGAAAAAGGAUCGACAACCAUAUUGAAGGAUGUGUAUUUAGAAGAUCUCGCUAUUGCGACUGGUUACAUGAACAGAAUUAAAUUGAUAGAAGGAUUAAUUUUAAUAGCGCAGACAUUCGGCGAAAUAGCAUUUCUCUUUUUUUCUGGAAAAAUAAUAAAGAAGCUUGGAUACGGUUACACCAUUGUAUUCUGUUUUGUGUGCUACGCGCUACGGUUGGGAUUAAUAUCUCUCGCUCCAAUGCCAUGGUGGAUAAUUCCGAUAGAAUUAAUCAUGCACGGGUCAUCGUAUCCACUUUGUCUAGCAACAAUAUCGGCCUAUGCGAACGUAGUAACACCUCCCGGUACAUCAGCUACUAUUCAAGGACUUGUUCAAGGGAUGCAUGAUAGUUUCGGUAAUAUCACUUACCCAGGUGCACACUUAUCGAUGAGUAUUUUGUCACAAAAA